CCAGAAUGCAGUGCGUAUGGCGCGUCAUUGAAGAGGGACAAUGAUGGCGGCGGUCGGUGUUGCCGAAGUGAUCACACAGCUGGAAAGCGCUGCUAAAGUUUUAAUGGCACCACCGUCCAUGGUCAGCACAGAACAGAGGCAACAUGCUGAACACGUGUUCCUCUCUUUCAGAAAGUCCAAAUCGCCUUUUGCCAUCUGCAAGCACAUCUUGGAGACCAGCAAAGUGGACUAUGUGCUCUUCCAGGCAGCAACAGCCAUCAUGGAGGCCGUGGUGCGGGAGUGGAUCCUGUUGGAGAAGACGAGCAUUGAAUCGCUCCGGGCAUUCCUCCUUACUUAUGUCUUACAGAGACCCAAUUUGCAGAAGUAUGUCCGUGAGCAGAUCCUGUUGGCUGUGGCGGUCAUCGUGAAGAGGGGUUCACUGGACAAAUCUAUCAAUUGUAAAAGCAUCUUUCAUGAAGUCGGCCAGCUCAUCAGCAGCGGGAACCCCACAGUGCAAACACUGGCCUGCUCCAUCCUGACUGCACUGCUUAGUGAAUUCUCCAGCUCCAGUAAGACCAGCAGCAUCGGCCUCAGCAUGGAGUUUCAUGGUAGCUGCAAACGUCUGUUCCAGGAGGAUGGCCUGCGUCAGAUCUUCAUGUUGACCAUGGAGGUGCUGCAGGAGUUCAGUCGCAGAGAGAACCUCAAUGCACAGAUGUCCUCAGUCUUCCAGCGCUACCUGGCUCUAGCCAAUCAGGUCCUCAGCUGGAACUUCCUGCCACCUAAUCUGGGGCGCCACUACAUCGCCAUGUUCGAGUCCGCACAGAACGUCACGCUUAAGCCUACGGAAUCCUGGAAGGAAGCACUGCUGGACACCCGCGUCAUGGACCUCUUCUUCACAGUGCACAGAAAGAUACGGGAGGACUCGGACAUGGCACAGGACUCUCUGCAGUGUCUGGCCCAGCUGGCGUCCAUGCAUGGGCCCAUCUUCCCGGACGAGAGUGCCCAGGUCUCCUAUCUGGCUCACCUGGUUGAGGGUCUGCUCAACAUGAUCAACGGCAUUGAGAUUGAGGAUUCAGAAGCUGUGGGAAUCUCCAACAUCAUUUCCAAUAUGAUCACGAUGUUCCCUCGCAGCAUUUUAACAGCCCUGUCCAGCGACCUCUUCACCUCCUUCAUCAGCUGCCUCACGGUGCUCACUUGUUCCUUCGGACGCAGUGCUGCUCUCGAGGAGGUGCUGGAUAAGGAUGAUAUGGUGUAUAUGGAGGCCUACGACAAACUGCUGGAGUCGUGGCUGACGCUGGUGCAGGAUGAAGAGCAUUUUUCUCGUGGCUGCUUUGUCCAGCCGGCAAUCCAGGUCUUCAAUUCGUACAUUCAAUGUCACCUGGCUGCACCUGAUGGCACACGUAAUCUGUCAGCAAAUGGCAUCACAUCUCAUGAUGAGGAAGAGAUCAACGAGCUGCAGGAGGAUGACAGAGAGCUGUUCUCAGAUCAGCUGUCCAGUAUUGGUGUGCUCGGACGUAUAGCCACUGACCACUGUGUGCCCCUGCUCACAAGCCUUUUGGAGGACCGUGUGACUCGGCUACAUGGUCAACUGCAGAGGACCCAGCAACAUCUAAUGGCAUCUGAUCCUGGAUCAGUGGACCGCAAAGUCUUAGAUGACCUCUAUGAGGAUAUCCACUGGCUCAUACUUGUCUCAGGGUAUCUAUUAGCAGACGACCCUCAGGGUGAAACGCCACUGAUCCCCAGAGAGGUGAUGGAGUUCUCCAUCAAACAGUCAACAGAAGUUGACAUCAACACCACACUGCAGAUCCUGGGGUCACCUGGUGAAAAGGCCUCCUCCAUACCAGGCUGUAAUCGAACCGAUUCGGUCAUCAGGUUGCUGUCAGCGGUGUUACGGGCGUCCGAAGUGGAGUCCAGAGCAUCUCGAGCCAGUUUGACAGAGCUGCUGAGCCCACAGAUGGGGAAAGAUAUCGUGUGGUUCCUCAGACGCUGGGCCAAGACGUACCUGCUGGUUGAUGAGAAGCUCUAUGAGCAGAUCAGCAUGACCCUGAGCACUGCAUUUGGUGCAGACACUGAGGGAGCCCAAUGGAUUGUGGGGUACCUUCUGGAGAAGGUGAUCAGCAACCUGUCUGUGUGGAGUUCAGAACCUGACUUAGCCAAUGACACUGUGGAACUGCUGGUGGCACUUGUAGAGAAGAGAGAGAGGGCAAACAUUGUGGUGCAGUGUGAGAGCUGGUGGAACCUGGCGAAGCAGUUUGCCAGCCGUAGCCCCCCUCUCCAUCUACUGUCCAGCUCUGUGCAGAGGUCUCUAAUGAAGGCUCUGGUCCUGGGAGGCUUCGCGCACAUGGACUCUGACACCAAGCAGCAGUACUGGGCUGAGGUGCUGCAUCCUCUUCAGCAACGUUUCCUCAACCUCAUCAACCAGGAGAACUUCACCCAGAUCAGCCAAGAGGAACCCGUCAAACAAGAAAUCACCACCACGUUGGAGGCAUUGUGCGGGAUUGCAGAGGCAACUCAGAUUGACAAUGUGGCCUCGCUUUUUUCUUUUCUCAUGGACUUCCUGUCCAGUUGCAUUGGCCUCAUGGAGGUUUACAGCAACACACCUGAGACAAUCAACCUGAUUAUUGAGGUGUUUGUGGAAGUGGCUCACAAGCAGAUUUGUUACCUGGGAGAGACGAAGUCCAUGAAGUUGUACGAGGCAUGCCUGACGCUGCUGCAGGUCUAUUCCAAAAACAACCAGAGCAGGAAGCGGAGUGACGCUGCAGCCGAGGAGGAUCAGUACCAGGACCUGCUGCUCAUCAUGGAGCUCCUCACCAACCUACUCUCCAAGGAAUUCAUUGAUUUCAGUGACAGCGGUGACGAUGUGUUUCGGGGCCAGGACCAGGGCUCACUGGCCUCCAGUCGAACAGUAUCUGCAGCAGAUGUGGUUCUCUACGGUGUCAACAUCGUCCUUCCACUCAUGUCUCAGGACCUACUGAAGUUCCCCUCUUUGUGUAACCAGUACUACAAGCUCAUCACCUUUAUCUGUGAGAUCUUUCCAGAAAAGAUCCCACAGCUGCCUGAAGAGCUCUUCAAGAGCCUGAUGUUCUCCUUGGAACUGGGAAUGACCUCGAUGAGCUCAGAAGUCAGCCAGCUUUGCUUAGAGGCUUUGUCUCCUCUGGCUGAGCAGUGUGCUAAAAACCACGAGAAGGACACGCCUCUCUUCCUUGCCACGCGACACUUCCUAAAGUUGGUGUUUGACAUGCUGGUCCUGCAAAAACACAACACGGAGAUGACGGUGGCAGCAGGGGAGGCUUUCUACACGCUGGUGUGCCUGCACCAGGCGGAGUACUCAGAGCUGGUGGAGACACUGCUCUCCUCGCAGAGAGACGCCGUCAUCUACCAGCGGCUGGCCGACGCCUUCAACAAGCUGACAGCGAGCAGCACGCCGCCCACAUUGGACCGCAAGCAGAAAGUGGCUUUCCUGAAGAGUCUGGAGGAGUUCACGGCUAACGUGGGCGGCCUGCUGUGUGUGAAAUAA